AUGGUGACAUCAGAAGGUCACCUGAAGCAUGUAUUCAGCGGUGCUGAUGCUAAGAUAACAGAAGCAGCAGCAGUCUCUGCCCUGGCUCCCUCUGCUCCUGAGGAAGAAGCCAAAGAAGAGCAAAAUGUGCAAGAUGACCACAAGCCUGCAGCUGUGGUCACAGCAGAGCCUGAUGCUUCCAAGAGAAUCCUUCCAGAGAAAGAGCAGGAGCAGAUUGCAUUCUCAGAGAUGCCAUGCCAGACUCAGGGAGAGCUGAGAGCCCGAGAGCAGGAAGAGCAGCUCAGGCAGCAGGUGGAAGAGCCACAGGAGAAUGGCCAGAAUAUCAAGGCAGAGCCACAAGCAGAGCUGCCCGAAGCUCAGAGUGCCAUCACAGAAGUAAAGAAGAGAAACCAGGAAGAGACAAGAAGAAUUCAAGAGGAGAUGAAUCUCCAUCAGCAGAGGGGCGAUCAACAAAACCAGGUGAGUGAAAGAGUGGCAGCCACUCCACUCAUGAAAGAUCCUCUCUCUCGUAUUUUACAGAACUUGAAGGAACAACUGGACACAGACUUUCAGAAAGCUCACGCUAAGAUCAAGGCAAGGGAGAAGAGGCAGGAGGAAGAAAUGAAAAUCAUCAGAGAAAAACUUAAUCCCCUCCCUCAGGCUCUACAAAAGCAAGUGGCCAUAAAGAAAAUAAAUCUCCAAGGACCGAGGAAGAAGGAACUAAAAGUCAAUGAAUUCAUGCUCAUGAAGACAAAUAAGAAUCCCAACUUGGUCAACUAUUUAGACAGCUACCUUGUGGAUGGGCAGCUCUGGCUGGUCAUGGAGUACAUGGACGGAGGCACUCUGAGCAAUGUCAUCAGCGAGACCCACCUGUCUGAAGACGAGAUGGCAGCCAUCAGUCGGGAGUGCCUGCAAGGCCUGGAUUUUCUUCACUCGAACCAUGUGAUCCACCGAUAUGUGAAGAGCAGCAACAUCCUUCUCAGAACCGACGGCUCUGUCAAGCUGGCUGACUCUGGCCUCUUUGCUCAGCUCACCCCUGAGCAGAGUCGACGGAGCUCAGUGGCCAGCACUUCUGGGUGGAUGGCGCCUGAAGUGGUGACAGGUCAACCAUGUGGCCCCAAAGUGGACAUAUGGUCUCUUGGAAUCGUGGGCAUCGAAAUGGUGGAACGAGAAGUUCCUUACCAGUAUGAAACUCCUGUUUCGGCUCAACUCCUGAUAGCCAGAGGAGGGAGACCAAAGCUGCGGCAGCCCAACCGAUGCUCGUCUUGCCUGCGUGACUUCUUGAGCUGCUGCCUGCAGACAGACGAGGCACGGCGCUGGUCUGCCAAGAAGCUCCUGCAGCAUCCAUUUGUAACAUCAGCCAAGCCAGCGUCCACCCUGGUACCACUCAUCAACUCAGUGAAGAAGGAGAAGAAGAAGACAAGAAGAGUCAAGAUAUUAUCUCCAUAACCAAGUUAGAGUAGGAUUGUAGAGUAGGACUCUAGAGUAGGAUUGUUGAGUAGUUUUGUAGUAUAGGUUUAUAGAGUAGGAUUGGAAUUAAAUAAAGUUUCUGAAGCAUCAA